GCCAAUUAUUUCUGCGGUCAAAGAGAUUCUUCAACAUCAAGAAAUUACUAAAAGUUGUAUUUUUGAUUAUCAGGAAGUUUACACGUUAGUUGAAUAUCAUUCUGGAGUAUCAUUAAAGAUUAACAAUUAUAAUUUGAGAUGUAAUAUAAUGUUAGCUUCUAUUAUUGGGAAUUGGCCUAAAAACUGCAAAUCAUGUUUAACUUAUAGUGGAACUAGUUACGCUUGUUCUUGUCAUAUCUGUCUUGUAGGAAAAGAUGAUUUAAAUGUUAUUAACUUACUCGCUAAUCGCAAGAUUACUAGAACAGAAAUCCAAAUGAGACAAGCCAUUGAAAUAGGACAAGGCAAAGACCACUUAUUACAUGAAGAAACCAAUAGUUUUUGGAAUCAUCCCUAUGAUACAAUUGUUGAAUCUACUAUAUUCGAUUUGGUUUACAUCUCUAAUACUAGUGAUAUUAAUAACAUUCUUGGACUAUUUACAAAAAAUGAUUGUCAGUUUCUAAAAUUUCACCAUUGGAUACAUCAUACAAUUGAAACAAUUGAAGAGUAUGGGAACUUAAAUGGAUUAAGUGCCGAAACAUAUGAAUCACUUGUUGAAUCGUAUGAACGUGAUGAAGGAAGUAUUUCUGAAAUUCUUGAGGGUUUAUGUCAUCUUGCUUCUGCGAUGAGUGACUAUUUUAAACUUUUGCCUUCUAUGAUUAGAAAAGAUAUAGAAAAAAUGGAAGCAAUGUUAAUUUUAUAUGAAUCCUUUACAUUAUCUAAUAAAGAGCAAGUAAGAGCUACAAAAGAUUAUUAUAAUGCACCUAUGUUUAGUGAUGUUGCAAUUUUAUGGACUCAGAACAAGAAUUUGAAACAUAUGAUGGAUACUGCUUCGCAAAG